UCCAGCCACGCCGCGUUCGCUGCUCCGAACCCUUCGCUGCCGGCUCUGGCAUGGGAGAAGAUGCUUUGGAGGGAGGCAAGAGCUGCUGCUCCCCGGGGGGUUUGUAGGUGCCAGCGUGAGCAGGGUGAAGCGACUCCUCAGACCUUGUCAGAAGAUGCUUAAGUGACAGCCCAGUUAGACCCCACCAUGGAGAAGACAGAAGCAGAUGGCCAGCCACCCAAACCCGACGGGGACAGGGAGCAGCCCCGCAGCCUCCCCUACUCCCUGGAGACACCCUACGGCUUCCACUUGGACCUGGACUUCCUGAAGUACGUGGACGACAUCGAGAAAGGCAACACCAUCAGGAGGGUCCACAUCCACCGCAGAGCCAAGCAGCCCAAAUUCAGCACCCUGCCCCGAAACUUCAGCCUGCCCGAGAACGGCUCCCGCGGCUGCUCCACCGCCGCUCCCAGCAAGAGCUGGACCUCGACCUGCUCCUUCCCGCAGCGAAAGGCUUCCCUCGGGGAGGAGCCCCCCCGGGCCCUGCUGCCGGCCGAGGCGGCGGCCGAGGAGCCGAGCUACCGGCGGAGAGCGCUGCUGGCGGAGACGCGGCGGCAGGCGGAGCUGGGCUGGCCGCAGGAUGCGCUGCGGGCGCGGCCGCAGCUGCUGCGAGCCUCCAGCAUGCCCGAGGCGCUGCCCCCCGGCCAGAGCCCCCCGGCGGGACCCUCGCCCCUCCGGACCCCUCCGCAGCGCUGCCACGGCCAGGCCGGCUCCGAAAGCGCCUCCCGCCCCAGCUCGGACAGCGGCGCCUUAACCCCGCCGCGGGAGAUGGGCUCGGAGCGGGACGGCUCCGGAGGGCAUCCCGGCGGGGUUCUGCCGGGGCUGGGCCCCGUGCAGCCCCCCUGGCAGAACCAGCAGCUGCAGGUGGUGAUGGAGAGCGGGGGCGAGGAGGGCGAUGCCGCCGAUGGCUCCGACGUGGCCAGGGGUGAAGCAGCGGCACCGGCUGCCCUCCGGCUGGCGGAGGAGAACAUGAACCCUGCGGAAAGGGGGCUAAGUGUGAGCGAGAUGGAUGCGAAUGUGCUGAAGGAAGGUGAGGAGAGGCGUGUCCAGGCUGGAGGGGACAAGGAGAGCGGUGUUCCCCAGGCCCCUGACCAGGGAGAGCCCGGUGGCGUCACGGCGCUGAAGCAGCAGAUUGCUGACCUGGAGGAGCAGCUGGCCAAGAAGAAAGAGGAGCUCGAGCAGGUCAGGGCAGUGCUGGAGCAGCAGGAUCAUGAGAUCCAGGAGAAGGAGAAAAGCAUUAAGCUGCUGGCCAGCUCCAAAGCUCAGCUGGAAGAGCAGCUGUGGCAGGAGAAGGCCAAAGAGGCAGAGCAGCGGAGGCGCCUCGAUGCUGCGGUGAACACCGAGCUCUCCCAGGUGACGGGGCUCAGGCAGGCCCAGGACAAAGGCAUCAACGUCAAUAUCCCACUCUCCACCAGAUCCAUCGGCUGCGGCGCCCACAGGGCAGAGAACAUCAGCGCACGGGCCGUGGAGCUGUGCAGAGAGCAGGGACUGGCGGCUGCUGGAGCAGAGGGACGUUCUGGUGAGGCCAGCGUGGAGGCUGGACUUCCCGCUCCGUGCUUCACCCAGCUGCAGAUCCACGAGCAGCCCGGCGACGACAACCAGAACCACCAGAACUCCCUUGGCCCAAAUGCAGCCGAAAGCACGGCAGGCUUUGGAGAAGAUCAACCUCGGGAAGGGCUGCAAGAGGAAGGUGCCCCCGGCCACGAGGACCUCCCAGCCGUUGACCCCAUUGGCCAAUAUGUAAAAAAGAUCCAGGAGCUCCUGCAGGAGCAGUGGCUGUGCUUGGAGCACGGGUACCCCGAGCUGGCCAGCGCUAUCAAGCAGCCGGCCUCCAAGCUCAGCUCCAUCCAGAACCAAUUAGUUAAUUCCCUAAACUCCCUGCUCUCUGCCUACUCCUCGCAAGGGCCCGUGGAUAAGGAGAAUUCCAACACGCACUAUCAACAGUUGGAAAACUCUCCAACCACAAGUCUUAAAUCCAUCAUGAAAAAGAAAGGUUAUGGUUUCCAUGCAGGAGGCAAUGGGACCAAAAAGAAUCUCCAGUUUGUUGGGGUAAAUGGUGGCUACGAGACGACGUCAAGCGAAGAAGACACCAGCUGUGAGGACAGCGCGUCCGACGGCGACACCGAGACCGAGGCCGAGGGCAGAGCCGGGGACGUGGAGCCCGAGCAGCCUGGAAGGGAAAGCAGAGAGCCUUCCUCAGGGGAGAAGUGCGAGGAGGAGGAUGAUGAGCAGGAGGCAUCAGCAGGAGCAGCACCCUGCUCUCAGCACGAGGCUCACAGAUGCAAACCCUCCGAAGAUUUCCUUGCUGCCUGCCAGCUCCUCAGUGAACACCUCCCAGAAAUCAGGAGCAGAAGCAACAAGCAUCUGCAGCACGCCCUCGGCUCCAUCUCCCGGGAGUGGUUCCACGUGUCCAGCCACAAGUCUUCCAGGCCGGAGGUGGUGGCUGCGUACCUGGAGGCGCUGAGGGACAUCCAGCCCCAGCUCCUGGAGACCGUGGUGAACCUGCCCGACAGGAAUGGCAACACGGCUCUCCACUACAGCGUGUCCCACUCCAACUUCCAGGUUGCAAAGCUCCUGCUGGACACGGGCGUGUGCUGCCUGGACCUGCAGAACCGUGCUGGCUACACGGCCGUGAUGCUCACGCCGCUGGCGGCCCCCGAAACCCGCCAGGACAUGGAGGUGGUGAUGAGGCUGCUGAAGGAGGGGGAUGUCAACCUGAGAGCUGCCCAGGGCGGCCAGACCGCGCUGAUGCUGGGGGUGAGCCACGACAGGGACGACAUGGUGCGGGCCCUGCUGGCCUGCCAGGCCGACGUCAACCUGCAGGACGAGGAGGGCACCACGGCGCUGAUGGUGGCCUGUCGCCAGGGCAACGCCGACAUCGUCAGGCUGCUGCUGGCCCAGCCCGGCUGCCUGGUCACGCUGACCGACAAGGGCGGGAACUCGGCGCUGUCGCUGGCCCACGGGGACGUCGCCGCGCUCCUGCGAGCCCACAUCGAGCUCAGCCCGUCCCUCCCGGUGUGAGCCCGGCACGGGGAGCUGGGAGCCACCACUCGUCCCGGAGGUCACAGGGCAGGAACCUCCCUGCACCAUCUGAAUAAUGCUCCCUGUGCCUCAUUCUCCUCAUUCAUCCCACUCGCAGCCCUGAUCUGCGCCCAGUGCCACAAACAACUCCAGACUCUCCUGUCCGCUCCUCCCGGGGGAGAUUUGGCAGGUGAGCACCCAAAACGAAUGAGAAAAGCACAUUAGAGCAGCAAUACUUAGUCUUUUGUAACCUGAGGUUAUGGGUGUCCUUUUAGUCGACUGCUUAACUGUAUCUCAUUUAACUUGUAAGUUUGUGUCCUAAUAUUUAUUAUCAGCUCUUCUCUAAGUAGCGGCAGGCAGCGAUUACUCAGUGUAUGUAACAACAAACACAAGCUGGAUGGAUUAUGGAAAGCAUAAAAUCCUAUUUAUGUUUGCUUAUGCGGGUCUGAUGUAAGAAUUAAAAAUUAAUGCUCUAGGAAAAUAUUUGAGUAUGCCAGACCCAAACACGCAGACAUUGUUUUGCCUGGAUUUGGAAUUACCAUAUGGCUGUUAUUUUUCCCUAAUUAAGUUUGAGCUAACGGGGAAGUGCAGCCCAUUGACAGGCUCUGCAUCAUGGUGGGGUGGGGCAGGGCAUUCCAAGCACUGGAAGAUCCCAGCAGAUUCCCAUCCCAGGGUGUGGUAACGUUGUCCAAGAGCUCCGUGGAGUGGCUUUGCUGGCAGAUGCCUUUUGGAGCAGCGUUUGCUCCUUGCAUUGCCUCUGCUCAAUUUUAAUAUUCCCAAACUCCUCCUGUAAAGCCAAGCCGUGAUUUAGGUGCUGGAAUUGGGUCUCCCCCAGAAUCACCUCAAGUCAGGGUUUUUUCUUCAAUCCCUCUGCUUCUGACAGAGAGGGAGGCAGGGCUCAGGCCCCACUUUGCCAAGCAUCCUUGUUCUGCUGCAUCAGGACCCAGUGGAUGCUCUCCCUUGGCUUUGGUGGAACAAACCCAGAUCUCCCUGAUUAGCUAAUUACUCCUUUUUUUGUAAGCAGAAGUAAAUUCUGGACCACUCUGAUUGUUGUUCAGUCAGUUCACAUCCUGACAAAAUGUCUCUUGAGCUGCCUUGUGCCCCCAUCCUUGCAGGGAGGGGAGAACAGCCCUGACCUCUGUUUUCCAUGGAAAAUCUGCCAUCUGCUCAAUUUUCUUUCCUUUCUUCACAUUUUCAGUCCAGAGCAUUCACUAUCUCAAACUUCUAUCUGCCUUUAUUAUUUUUUUUAAUCUAUAACCCAAAAUGCCUCCUUUAUGUACAAAUAAAAUACAUUAAACCUUU